CCGCGGCGCCCGGCGGCUGCGCGUAGUAGAGGCGCCUUCGGCACCUCAGGUCCCGGGGAGGUAGUGACCGCGGCGCGGGUGUGGCGACUGCGCAGGCGCCGCCGGAGGAGCCGUCCUUUCCCGUGCAAGGGUCUCCAGCGCCUCCGGGCACCCGCAAGCGCCGGGUUCCGCGCGCUGAGAACUGGCCCCGGAGAGUGGGCGCCUCGCGCAGGCGCAGUCGUUUCAGAGGGAAGGUCAUCGCCCCCCCCCCCCCCCCCGCCGUCCACGGGGGUUUUACGGAAACAGAUGCCUCCCAAGUGUCUGAGAUUACCACACCCAGCUCACUUCAAGCUUUCCUGGAGACCUGCCUGCAUUUGACCGAAGUUCUAAAAUCAGCCCACAUAAUACUGGCUUCUAACUGAGGCAGGAGUUAAGUUGUGCAUAAACACUGUGCCGCAGAACUCUCGACGCUGAAUGGAAGGGAAGUAGCCCUGUCUGGAUUCUGAUAGCUGGAAUUGUUGAGCUGUGGCGUGGCUGUGUGCAUGAGCCCUGAUCUUUGCCCCCGGCACGCUCACGAUGACGUUCCUAGCGCUGCUCAUGUUUUCCAGCCUGGUGACUGGCUGUGGAGGGAACUCUUCCUAUAGCUGGCCACCCAGGUUGCUGCUGGUAUCCUUUGACGGCUUCAGAGCUGACUAUCUGCAGAACUAUGAAUUCCCUCACCUCCAGAAUUUUAUUAAAGAAGGUGUCUUGGUAGAACAUGUUAAAAAUGUUUUCAUCACGAAAACAUUCCCAAACCACUACAGCAUCGUGACAGGCUUGUAUGGGGAAAGCCACGGCAUCGUAGCCAAUUCCAUGUAUGAUACGGUCACAAAGAAACAUUUUUCUGACUCCAAUGACAAGGAUCCUUUCUGGUGGAAUGAGGCGGUCCCGAUCUGGGUGACAAACCAGCUUCAGGAGAACAGGUCGAGCGCUGCUGCUAUGUGGCCUGGCACGGACGUCCUCAUUCACAAUGCCACCCCUUCCCAUUUUAUGGAUUACAGCCCCUCGGUGACGUUCAGGGAGAGGCUAAACAACAUCACCGAGUGGCUCAGUGCUUCCAACCCACCGGUCACCUUUGCCACACUCUACUGGGAGGAACCAGAUGCAAGUGGCCACAAAUAUGGACCUGAGGAUAAAGAAAAUAUGCGCCGGGUGUUGAAGGAAAUCGACGAUCACAUUGGGGACCUGGUCCAGAAACUCAAAGUGUUGGGAUUAUGGGAAAGUCUCAAUGUGAUCAUUACAAGUGACCACGGGAUGGCCCAGUGUUCUGAGAGCAGACUGAUAAACUUGGAUCUCUGUGUUGAUCCUUCAGACUACAGCGUCAUAGACUUGAGCCCCGUGGCUGCAAUACUUCCCAAAAUAAAUAUAACAGAAGUUUAUGACAAAUUGAAAAAUUGUAGCUCUCACAUGAAUGUUUAUCUCAAAGAAGAUAUUCCUAACAGAUUUUAUUACCAACAUAAUGAUCGAAUCCAGCCUAUUAUUUUGGUUGCUGAUGAGGGAUGGACAAUUGUACAAAAUAAAUCAUUAUCAAAAUUAGGUGACCAUGGCUAUGAUAAUUCUUUGCCUGCUAUGCAUCCAUUUCUAGCUGCUCAUGGUCCUGCCUUUCACAGAGGCUACAAGCAGAGCACCAUAAACAUCGUGGAUAUUUACCCAAUGAUGUGCCACAUCCUAGGAUUAAAAGCACAGCCCAAUAACGGAACCCUGGGGCACACCAAGUGCUUACUAGUUGACCAGUGGUGCAUUCAUCUCCCAGAAGCCAUUGGGAUUGUCAUCGGUUCGCUCUUGGUGCUGACCAUAUUCACGUGCCUCACAGUACUCAUGCAGAAAAGACUUUCUGCACCCCGCCCAUUUUCCCGGCUCCAGCUACAAGAUGAUGAUGAUGAUCCUUUAAUUGAGUAACGGGCAGGGGUUCCUACAGGGUCUGAUUAAUCCCAACACUAAGGAUACAUUCAAGGAAUAGUGUUACAACCAUGAAAAAGUAUGCUUUGAAAGACACCUUAGACCAAGCAUGCUGAAAGUAUUUUGUGUUUCCUUGUGCUUUGUUUUGGGGCAUUGCUAAUACAAACAACCCUGACUAUAGUAAAGUUGCUAGUAAAUCAGUUAAUACCAUCUGUUUCUCUAAAUAGCUUUUCCAGGGAAAAGUACCACCUUUUUUUUUUUUUUGCAGUGAAGAUGAUACAUUUUAAAAUGCAAAUAUACCAAAGUUUAGUAGGCAUGUUUUUCUAAUAAAUUUAUAUAUUUGUAAAUGAAGCAAUUUGUGAAUUUUGUGUAUCAGAGAGGAAAAGUUUUCUAUAUUUUUAUAGUUUCCUUUAACACAUUCACAAUGGCACCAUAAUUCAUAUAAUUCAUAUGUCUCACUGCUGGGUGGCUCAGAACCACUGUGGUUUGUGCCUGAAUGUCCCUUGAGCCACAUGGGACAGUCCCACUGGGUAGUACAAGCUGCCCCGUGGGGCAGUUGUGCAUGUACCAUUGAUGGUUCAAGCUGGCUGGAACGUGUUAGUUUUUAUCCCAAGUAAAUCUUAGAGGUGGGAAAUUCUGUGAUGGUUAAUAAAAUUGGUUAGCCAGCCCCUUGCCCCAAAUCCUGCAUAUGAAGAAACCAUUUUAAGAAAAGAUGAACAAAACCAUGAGGACCAUGUGAUACAAAGCCUCAGUUGCCACCACUAUAUCUUUAAGAUGCUUAAGCCUUUGAAGCCUCCAAAGUUGAAUCUUCUGGAGAUUAUUGCUAAUAAGAAAAUCAGAAGAGAGAAAAUACUUUUCUGUUUGUGUUGAAUGCCUUUGGGUGGUGUGUGCGCAUGUGUAUGCGGGUGUGCCUGUGUGUGCUUGUGCUUGGCUGCGUGUAUCCAUGCAGAUGUUCUGUGACUUACUGUAGGAGGCCCCAGGGGACUCCACUGUGGUCAGGCGUCCAGUCCCCUAGAACACAGCUCUCAGGAAUGGUUAUUUUUGCACUGUGUAUUUAUUUACUUUUACCUAACUCACAAAGUCAUACUUUUAAACUCAUUAAUUUUUGUUAUCAUUUCUAGCUUUCUCAUGUUGUUUAUUGUAACCUGAAGUAUCCAAGUGUGGUAGAAAACGUGGGACCUGAAUACAAACCUGAUUUUGGUUGUAUCAGAAUGAUGAAGAGAGAUUUCUAUAUUUACGUUUGGGACGUUAUAUCUUACUUUUGAGACAGUAGAGUAGCAAAGAAAUCUAAAGUGAAAUUUAGUGUCUUCGGAUCUUGGGACCGUCCAUAUGUUAAGUGGUGGACUAGCCUUAUGCUGGCUGGCUAUCUGGAUCACAAACUUGGUAACUUUUUCACAUACAGAGCUAAUCUGCAGUAAGUGUACAGCCCAGGUAGGUGUUGGUUAUCUGUGGUGUCGGUCAUCAAACACAGGACGUGUUCUAGGGGUCACUGCUAACUUCCUGAACCUGGCCUGUGGUGUCUGUUAAAACUGGGAUCUUGGAGGGCCAGGGAUUUAGCUCAGUGGUUUCACCGCCUGCUGUGUAAGCACAAGGUCCUGAGUUCGAUCCCUGGUACCCCCCCCCCAAAAAGAAGAAGAAUUAAAAAACUGGGAUUUUGGGAGGUGUUUCUGUACCCCCCAUAAAGAAUCCAUGUGUUUAUGGAUUUACCAGUAGGUCAUAAACCCUAGGAUAUUAAGAACACUGGAUUGCUUUUGGAUAUUUUCUGAUUUUUGUCUUCACAUACAGUAGUUAUAAUAAAGGUUAAUAGUUUAAAUGAAAUAGAAAAUUUCCUUUCUACUUCAGUUUCUAUUUAAAAAAUAACAACUGCUACAUUUCAAGUCUUGUUUUUUUAAAUGGUGGACAUUUUCAAAAUAUCUAACAGUGGAAUGUUUGACACUAGUUGGUUCUUUGGAAUGGUUUCAGUGAUGGUUUUGAGUUUUAGAAAUCCGUUUACAAGGUUUCUAGCUGUGAGUGGAUUUGGUGUGGAAUGGAGUAAGCCAGAUGUCCAGUCAGGGUCUUAACUCUUCUACGGGACUUUUACCUCAUUAUCUUUUCUUUCAUUCUCAAAAGGAUAAAUUAGGUAAAUUUUAAAGUAUAUUUUGAUGAGAUAAAAUUAGUAUUUGUUUAAUCAGAGACAUUUAUAUAUCAUUGUAUUAAACAUUGUACUAAGUCACUGAUGUCUUUAAGAAAAUUAUCAUUAUGAAAGCCAAUGACUCCUGUAGUGACUGAGAAAAUUUUUUACUAAAACUAGUAGCUUCUGACCCAAGGCUCGGUGUGUAUCUCAUUAAGUGAUUAACUCACAUGCUGCUGUGUUUUCUGGGAAUGGGAAGUAUUUGGCUCCAACCAAGGGUUCACUGAUCAUGAACCCAGUACAGAGGUAAUAGGAAAACUUGAUGGAGUAUUUUUUGUUAAUUCAGUGGGUAAAUUCAGAAUAAAUCUGUUUAAUUGUAGGAAUAAUUGUGCUGCUGUUAUUAAUGUAUAAUAAGUUUUUCUGGCAAACAGCAAUAGAAUAAAAAUACUUGAAUGCCUUGUGCUCUACACUUUGUGGUAUUAUAUGAUUAGGCUUCCUUUAAGAAUUCACAAAUGAGUUGCUGAAACAUUAAAAGAUUAAAAUGCCUUUACA